AUGGACAACAGUGGAAGUGACAGCCAUGGCACUAGUCUAAAGCUUGAUGUAAUUGACUUUCAAUCCACGUACACCCCCGUUAAUCUCGAGGAGACCGAAGAAAACUUACGUGACGAUACUUACCAAGGGAGCGAGUCUUCGAUAGUUGAAAACGACGGCGGAUCUACCCCUAGUCACCUCGUCGGUAGCGCCACUGUCGAUGAUGGGGAUUUUCAAGACCCAGAAAAUGAUUCAGGCGACAAUGAGGCCGUUUAUGUCCAUACGGGAGUUCCAGAUAACCCCAAGAACCCAUCUUGGCGACUCGGUGAUGCCAACACGCGCCCUUCGAUCGCAGCUUCCUCUCGCAACCCAACGAGCGGGGAGAUAUUGCGCGCAAACGACACAUCGGGACCAUUCUGCAGACAUUGCAAAGAUAAUAGCAAGCGUUCUAGCCAGAAGUAUAGAGCGGGAAUCUCGCCAUUAUACUGCUCAGGUUGCCGUCGAGGCCAUCCAUCUUCCCUUUUCUCGGCAAAGCAGCGACAAAAGGAGUCCAACAAGCGAAUCUGCAUAGGCCGAGAGGGACAUAUCAGACUCUGCGAGCACAAGACGUUUGGCUGGGACGAGUUGUGCAUAUUUCUUCGACAACCAAUGCGGAUACGAGCAUCGCAUGCCCAUCUAAGAAGUUCGAACAGUCCAGCCGUGAUAGGGACACACAAUGAAGUCAAGGCAAUAUUCGGGCGUGAAAAUCACUACGCGUCCUGGGCCAGUGUCAUUGGUCUCGACAAGAGGGCCCACGUAAAGAUUUCCGCAUUCAAGCUAAGAGAACAACCGGGCUGGAACCCGUUUGCAAACGAGUGCCCUCGUGAAAUUUCCCAUACAUCCAAGACAGAGAAGUGGCUACGAGUACUAAUCUCAGAAGGCAGCUUACCACAGAGUGUGUCGUUGGUCAGGAGACUCUCGCGCUGUACCGAGCACGAUGGCUGUAUCAUCUUGCCCCACAGGCGCAAGAUAGAGCUACGCUCGUCUAAUGCCAGGGUGUUGGAGCAUUACGACUCGCAAUGGUACCAGGCUUUGGACCCCGCAUCUCAUAAUCUAGUCGAAGACAUCGAGUUCAAGGCUGUAACGUGGUGCGAGGAGGCGAGGUGUCGGAAUUUCCACGGGUUUCGGGAUCAUGCCAGUGUGGGCAUCUCGACAAAAUGA